ACUGUGAAUACGACAUGAAAGCUGGGAUGUAAGUCAACGACAUUUAAAUUUCACACUCUCUCAUCAUUGUUAGCUUACAUAGGAUAGUUCUGGUUUCUAAACGAUUAUGUUUUUGAAUACAUAACUUAUAGCAUUAUAGAUUAUAGGUCACUAGGUCGAUUGGAUUAACGUCGUAUAUAAUGGCGUGGUCCUAUGAACGGGCUACCAACGCUCAAUACCUCUUGAUCUUCAACUCUGUAAAACCAACAGAUUGGUACGCAUGAUCUACAUUCAGUGUACGGGUUCAUGUAGUAGUGAGCGUCACUCCAGCAGGCACGGUCCUCCAGGCCACCAGUUUUAAGAUCAUCACGGAACACAUCUAGUGUAAAGGUUAUAUCUGGCAUCCCACCGGGUCGAGUAUGAUACGCCAUUCCUAGAAAUCCAAAAUGGCUAAUCUAUGUAUAAAGUGUUGCCGGACGGUGAAACACCUUCCAACAAGGCUGGUAUGUGUCCUAGUCCUGCUCCUGCAGGCAGCUGCCCUGGACUACUAUCUAGUCACCUACAAAAACCUCAACUGGGCAGGCUGGGCGGCCGCUGAUAUUGUGGUUCUCAUUCUUCUUGCAAUCUCCUUCUAUUUCGGCUACAGAUUUCAUUCCCGAGAAAAGUCUGGAAAAAACGACAAUGAGGAUUUAGAAAUACACACACGCGUUGGGGUUGUGACCUGGUUUGUGUACGCAUCGGUGUUGUGUUUUAAAGUGGCGUAUGCAUUUAAAGACUUUUCUCACAAGUUGGAUGAAGAUAGUUUCUUUGGAGAAAAUACUCUUAAAACAACUGUUGCACUAGCGGGGAUAGUUUUUCUGAUUCUUCUCACAACGCUUCACGACGCAAAGCCAGGGUCGCACAGACGGAAGUACAUUGACGAGCUCACGGGGACAGUCAUAUUCGACAUCUUGGAUUGUGUAGACAGCAUGGAGAUCUUAUUUGAUGAGGAAGCACGUGCGAACAUUUUACCGAGUUUGGAUGAUACCAUCAUAGGAAUUGCUUGUGUCAAUUUCUUGUUGCCGACGAUUCCACUAAUAACCCUGGCGAAAACAAAUUUUGGGCACAAGAAGCUAUCAGAAAAGAUGGUGAUACUACAUAAAGUGUUACUAGCUUUUAUAGUUAAUCUCCCUCUCCUUAUAACACGCAUGAUUGUCUGGCAUGGAAUGAGUCAUGGAAUCUCAAUCUUCUCCCUGAAAAAUAUUAUUGUUAUUGGCAUGGUAUCAUAUGACCUUUACGAAACCCACGAAAGUGAAGGCGAUGAACCUACUGGGGAAAAUUCUACAAACAACGUCGGCCCUAGUUAUGCCUUGGAGGAUAGAUUCAACUAUUGACGGCCGUUUUUUGUCAUACAUGCAUAAAAAUGUUCUUAGAAACUUACUGACGCGAUGAACACAUAAUGAGUGUGACUAAUUCCUAUCAUGGUGAUUGCAUUAAAUGCUAUUUGUGCUGUUGAACUGGGAAUGUAUAAUUGACGAGAUAAUAUGAUCAAAAGAGAGUAAUACUUUCCUUCAUGCAUAUUAUAUCAGCUUGAUAAGAACGUAUGCGUCGUGACAUUAAACGCAUAUUGUGCCAUGUACUACUGGGAAUUUACAGAAUUAUUUUUUUUAUUAAGAAUGUCAUAAAAAAUGUAUGCAAGCGAUAUGAAGUUGCGUGUGUUGAGGCAGCCGACCCUAUGAAUAUACAUGUAUAUACAUGUGUGUGUAGAUGCGUUGUUUUACUAUUUUCAAAAUUUCUGAGGUAAUCAAUAUCUUACUUGCAUGUAAAUUCAUUAUCUUGUACCAGCUCAUUUCUCAUAUUGAGUAUUGAAUAAAUCUUUCAUAUUUUA